GCUUAACAACAUUGCCAAUUCAUUGUCUAUUUACUUCCGUGGUCGGACGAGGACUCGAUUUUGUUUCCGUGAACAUUAUUUUCUUAUUACUUGUUGAUUGAAAGAGGAUAUAUACUUUAUACUUGUACAAGUUGAAAUACCGAAAAUGGCGACAAAACAUGUGUCCUUAUACUUAGGGUCUGACGAAUGCGACCUUGCUGGGGAUGAGCUUCUCUCCAGUUCCGAUGAAAGUCAUGUGACGCCUUCGAUAGUGAAAUGCGACAAACAUCGCCGCCUGGUAAUUGAAUAUUUCUGCAAAGCUCACAGUGCUGUGUUCUGCAAUACAUGUAAAUUGACGGAUCACAGAAUAUGUGAUACAACCAAAAUCGACGCGUACACUACCAGCAAUAACCCAAAACAUGCUUUUGACGGCAUUUGGGAUCAUUUAACAAACCUGGAAAACUCUUAUGCGAGACUACACAAUAAAAGAACAAACGACAAAACAGCUCUUAAAGGACAACUGCAGAAAUGCCUUGAUGAUAUGAAAAGGGUUCGCAGAGAAUUUGAUGAAAUUCUAGAUAGCCUUGAAGAGAAGAUGAAAGCUGAAAUCAUGGAUCUAGAAACGAAUAUUUCCAAUGAAAUAGACGAUCAUCUAAUAGGAGCCGACGCCACACUGCACCAGAUACGUGAGAAAUUGGCGUCAUUAGAAGAAUGCCAGAAAACAGGACAAAAAGAAGCCAUGUUUAUUGGGUUAAAGAAAACAGAGGGUGAGAUGACAGGAUAUGAAAACUUGCUAACCAUUCUACAAAAUGAAAUGAACGAUAUCCACAUCAGCUUUAGCACAGAUGAUAAACUCUCAUCCACUAUGAAAGAUAUCAAAUCGUUUGGACGACUCAAUCGACCAAGAAAACAACAACCACUUACUUCAGUACUGAAAUUGAAUGUAUCUGAUCCCAGACAUUAUGAUGUCGGAUGUAAAAAGGUGCAAUCUGUGGUGUUUCUAUCGGAUGGCCGUGCUAUACUAGCUUGUGAAAACGAUGGACUGAUACUGUUAGACCGAAACUUCCAAGAAAAGUCCCGCUUGAAAAUAAGAGCAGUACGUGCAUGUAAAUUUUUCGAUUCAGAGAUUAUCGUUUCUCUUGGGAAAAAGAAACAGCUUCAAUUCGUUGAGGUGCUUGACUCGUUGGUUGGGAAGAAGACUUUAAAUAUCGGGGUUGCGUGCUGUGGAGUGGAUUACAAUAACGGCGAGAUAUUUGUUGGUUGUGGAGAUAGUCCUGAUAAUGCUGAAAUUCGUGUUCUCACCAGGAAUGGGGAACUGAAGAGAGUACUCGGUGUUGUUGAUGGAAAACGUUUGUUCACUGACCGCAUAAGGGUGAGGGUAAACCCGAAAGGUGAUCGAGUAUUUAUUUCUGAGAUAAAAAGCCAUACUGUUACGUGCUUAGAUCGUCAAGGUGGAGUCCUUUAUCAGUAUUCUGACAAAGAAGACUUGAAAUGCCCAAAUGGAAUACUCGUCGAUGGAGACAAUAAUAUCCUUGUAAGUGGCGGUGCAAGUCACAAUAUAGAAGCUAUCGCUGCUGACGGGAAAACGCACCGUACCGUGUUAACAGAGAGAAACGGAAUAUCAUCUCCACUGUGUGUAGCCUACAGACCGAGUGAUGGGGUUCUGGCUGUCGGAACAUGUAAUGUAGACGGGAAAAAAAAUCCUGCACUUCACAUCUUCAACACUAAAUUGUAAAACAAUUCACAUAAUCUGAGAUUAUAUUUAUAGGAUAGUCAAUGGUUCAGCUUUGAAUAGCGUGGAAUAAUGCUCGAGUGCGCUUCGGUUUCCGCUUAAGAAACGAGUGAGCGUAGCAAAUGAGUUUCUCGAAAGGAAACUGUAAUAUAAUAGACUCGUGCCAGAUGCGCACGAGUCUAUUUUAUUUGACAAUAUUAAAAGAAAUCAAAAGCAUUUUUCAGUUUAACAAAUAGUCAAAUGAAUCGAGCUAUGUACGUAUCCCGGCUGAAAUGAGGAAAGUGGAUGAUUCUACUUAAACAUUUUAUCUAGCCAUGAUGAGCAGCUCAUAAACGGGUCUUUCUCAACCACAUAUGAGCAGGGCAUGCAAUGUAACUUAUUUAAUUUUAUUACGCGAUGUAAACCCCAAUUCAAGAUAUACACAACUGAUUAAAAAAGCCAAUCUCCUUGUGUCAUUUAACCUUUUACCAAACGAUAUUGAGGUUUCAUAAGUUUGUUGUAGACGACUCUGAAAAACAUUGUAAUGAAUGAGAAAUUGCUCAACCCUACCAAAUCAAUUUCAUCAUAUUAUUUUACAAUUGUAUUUGUCGUCUGCACUCUCUUUCAAUUUGUGACGGUCCGAAAUGUGUCGUUUGUUUAAGGGUUUAACAUUACACAAACGCUUGCACGCGACCAACAGAGCGCCGCGGUCUGAUUAUUCUGGAUAUUGUCUUUCAAUUGCAUUUCACAUGACCUAUAUCGCUGAACACGUGAUGCGAAUCGUUCUGCUAGAACGUUAGAAUAAAUCGUCCGAAAUUUCAAGCGGUAUAGGGGCAUUUAAUAUAUAUCGUCUAUUUUCUUCAAGAAGGACGUUGCAUCAGCAGAUCCGGGUUGUAACUAUACAUACAUGUAUGUGCGUUACAAGUUAUGUUCGCAAACAUAGUAUUUCAUAUUAGAGCUUAUUUAGUUAAACUUAUUUAUUUCACUUGGAUCGUAACGGCAGCUUGAAGCUUAUAUAACUCACUCUCAAUGUCUGAUAGAGCUAAUUAAGGUGUUUAUCAACCCUUUUCCUAAUACAAACGUUUUCUGCUGCCUUUGUGUCAGGCGACAUUUACAAAAGAAAAUAAGAUAAAUAUAAAAUGUGCUCCAGCUUAUCAAAUUCUCCUUUAGUCUCCUUUUUCCUGCUUAAAAUAUUUCAACAUUCACAUUUUCAAAGAAUUUCAAUUCUUGUUGCCUGACUAUAUGUAAAUAAUUGUGUACAAGUAUAUGAGUAUGUAUUUGAAUAAGUCGUCGGUUUGCUUUAAAAGGCACAUAACUUUAGCUUGCCACAAGCUAGUGUUUUGGGCCUUUGGAAGCAAAGCGACGAUAUAUGUGGCUACAUAUAUAACUAGCCUACACUUUUAAUAUAAGGUCACAAUUUGUGUAUCUCAAAUUUAGAAUUACUAUUGGAAAGAGUGAAACCCAAACAUAAUCUAUGCUUUUUAUUAUAUCCACCUACUCCCAACCUCAAUUUGGGGUGGGGAUACAUUGUUUUUUCCAUGUCUGUUUGUUUUUCCGUCCGUACGUGGUUUGCGUCAAACUUUAACAUUUGUCGUAUCUUUUGAGCCAUUGCAAAUAGCAACUUCAUAUUUUGCAUGCAUAUGUAUCUCAAGGAGCCGUACAUUUUGAGGGGUAACAGAGUAAGGUCUUGGUCAUCCUUCAAGGUCAAAGGUCAAAUCGAAGUUUGCGUCCAACAUUAAUAUUGGCCAUAACGUUUGAGCCAUUGCAGAUAGCAACUUCAUAUUUGGCAUGCAUUUGUAUCUCAGAGAGCCGCACUUUUUUACGGGUGGCAGGUCAAGGUCAGCCUUCAAGGUCAACUCGAAGUGUGCGUCCAUUUUGAAAGUUGUCCAUAACUUUUGAGCCGUUGCAGAUAGCAACUUCAUAUUUGGUAUGCAUAUGUAUCUUAUGAAGCCCCACAUUGAGGGGUGGCAGGUCAAGGUCAACCUUCAAAGUCAAAGGUCUAAUCAAAGUUUGCGUCUUACUUAAACAUUGGCCAUCAAUUUUGAGCCAUUGCAAAUAGCAACUUCAUAUUUGGCAUGCAUACGUGUCUCAGAAAGCCGCGCAUUUGGGCGGGUGGCAGGUCAAUAAAAUUCUUCAAGGUCAAAGGUCAAAUAGACUUUUGCAUCAACUUUAACAUUGAGCAUAACUUUUUAGCUACUGUAGAUUCUAAUUUCAUAUUGGUCAGUAUAUAUUCCUGUAUUUCCUAACUCUCCAAGCAUCAAAUAUAGGCAAACCACCAAUGAUACCAGAAAUCCAACCAUUCUUAGUGAGUUUAGACGCAUCAUUUGGCUCGCUGUAAGCUAUCUUUUCGAUGAAAAAGUAAUUUCUUUUUGUAUAAUUCCGAGGUAUCUCCCUCGUUCUAUUUUGUUCCAUUCUGGCGCUUUUUGAUGCGAUUGUUUAUUGUUAUAUAUUGUAAAUACUCUUCCAAAUAUCUGAACGAUAUUUUCGUUUUAAUAUUGCGUUAGAAUAUGAAUUUGAUUAAUGUCAUUAAUUUCAGUAAAAAUUGUAUUUAAUACAGGUAUAUUUUUAUUGUGUUUUACAAAUUAAAUUCUUGUAAUUUGUUCAUUUCGAAUAUUAUUUCAGUUCUUUUUCAUUUCCUUUUUUAUUUUUUGGAAAGUUAAUAGUAUUUACUGUUAGAAAACUAAAAUAAAGCCCAGCAAGAUCAGAGAAUGAGGUCCAUUCAAGUAUUUUAAAUUUAUUAAUGAAAUUUCUAAGGAAUGUGUCGUGGCUAUUUAGUAACAAAUCGAUUACGCUAAGACCACAUCGCGAGGUGAAAGUGUAAUUACCCGUUGUAUCUCAGGACAAAGGGCAGUAAGGUAUGAUAUAUGGUUGGUUGAUUUGAACAGGGAGAUUUAUUUUUUCUCUGUAAUUUCUAGACGAUAGUGUCCAUCAAUGGGUGUCUUUUAAAAGACUGCACAGAUGAGUGGAUGACCUGUUUUGAAAAUCCACUCACACGACAGAAAACAAAAACAAAAUAGAUAAGAUACUUCGCCUCUUACUCAUUCAUUUUAUACAUAAAGUAUUGUAGUGCCUCAGCAAUCGCGUCUCACAGGUUAUGUACUCUUUAUUUUCAUAUUUAUAUUGUUAUUCAAAAAUGUAUAUAAUUGUACAUAUAAUGGACUGUUAAAACGAUAGCUGAUUCUAAAAAGGAAAAUAAUUAUUCUCUUUUAUUGUUUUACUGGUUUGAUUAUGAAACAAAUAGUUUAUACUUAUAAUUACUUAUAUACGUAUUAUUCAUUUAUUUAUAUGCUGUUUAAUACAAAAUCAUAACUCAUCUUUUAUGAUGUAAACACAUAUAACUUAAAUGGUUCGAUAACGGAUGCUCUUUUUAUUUUAUGUUUUUUUAAAAUCGUACUUCUCUUUUUUCUUUUUGUUAAAUUUAAGUGUGUUAGUUUUCUACAUGUAAGUCAUGUAAAUAUGGCUAUCAAACCCGUAAACUUAUAACGGAUAUCCCUCCUAAUAAAAUCACUUGGUAUUCAUUUUGAAGGACAGGUCUUGUAACUUAGGGUUUUACGAGGUGUGGCUUUUUCAAGAUGUUGGCCAGGAUAAGGUAUUCAUUUGAAAUGCUAAGUAGAGAUUAAAUGACAAUUGUAUUCAAAACCGCGAUGAAAAAUUGUUCAAACAAAGCAGAGUCAAUUUAUGAAAACAUUACCAUGUAAAAAUGUCAACUUUGUCUAGAUUUGUGCACAAUAAAUUAAGAUGCUCUUCGAAUAGAUGAAAUGUAAACAUUGGGAGAUGGCCCAACCUGUUCCCGAUCAUAUAGGCAAAAGAAAGUGUAAUAUGUGUAUUACAUAAGAAGAUGAAUAUUACGUUGUUUUAUAGUGUAGGAUUUAUUCAGAAUUAAGAUGUCAGUACAUACCAUUUUAUAACAGACACCGACCUUACAUUAUCAAAUUUCUUGAAUGACUAACAACUAAAAAUAAACCGUUGCUACUCAAAUUAUGCUAUUGCAUCUAUAAAUCAUGUGUAGUAGAGGAUAGUAAUACAUAUGUUUGAUUUGAUUAAUGUAUAUGUAAACCGGUCAAUGUAAAUUUACUGUCAAAAGUGUAUUAAAAUAUCUUUUAUUAAGUGCCAAUAUUAUGUUUUUAGUGAAGGUUACUUUUAUGUAUCGUGCCUGUUUACAAAUGUUUUCUACGAAAAUAUGGCUUCAAUGUAUUUUGCAAUAUAUUUAUGGUUUAUUAAGUGCUUAUCAUAUUUGUUUAUGUACGGAUACCAUGUUCGAAUAUCAGCCUUUGGGCUGCCUGUAAUUUUGUUUCGUUUAGGUAGCAAGCAUGGGCUAAUGACAUUUCUAUUGUUACAUUCGUGAGCUAUAUUAUAGUAUUGUUAUAUAAUUAUAAACAUGUAUAUACUGCUUUGUAUAGGGCUAUCAUAAGCAUGUGCCGCAUUACAUGAAUUUUGUUUCUUUAAUUAAGAAUUAAGUAUAAUUAUAAUAACAAUAUUUAUUAUUACUACAAUUACAGUAUUCAUAUUAAGACCUUAUAUGUGUACAAUAAAUAUAUUUGAUAAAUUGAUGAUUGAUAUAUUAACUAGCAUUAUUACAACUAGACGUAAUUACACAUAUUUGAAUAUAGAUAAACUAUCGACAGUUAUUAAUACUUUAGUCCAAUAUUUAGUAGUCAAUGAAUGUAUUGUUGCAAUAUAAACGUAUAAUUACUUUGUAUUAGCACCACUAUUUACUUUGUAAACACUGUACGCUUUUUUGUCAGCUUUGGCUUUUUGGCUUUUUUGAUCUAUUGUUC